CGCGAUUGUCGCGUUAAUGAGCUCGGGACACGCUAGUCCUCUUUUCAUAGCAUUCGCCACGUGACGCAGCUCAAGGCCCCCGGCCCAACUCCCGAUUUGGAUUCCCCGACAUCUGGGCGCAAGAUCCCUCGAAGGUCAUUAAAACUCCAGCUAUUCACUCUGGGUGUAUUUAACGGACGCUUUUUUUUCCUUUUCACUGUUUUCCUCUUCAUUCAGAACUCCGAGAGCUCAUCUUUUUUUCAUACCUAUAGAGUUUUGUCUAUAUAGGUUAAAUUUGUUCCUGCUUCGUUAUUCAUUCGAUCCAGUUCACGGCACCAACGUUGACCACAUUUUUCAACUUCAUACCACUUUCCUAUCAUUAAUUUAACAAGUCGCAAAUAUGGGUGUUCCGAAGUUUUUCAGAUGGAUGUCCGAGCGAUACCCCGCAAUAUCGCAGUUGAUUGCAGAAAACCGCAUCCCUGAGUUCGAUUGCCUAUACCUCGAUAUGAAUGGCAUUAUCCACAACUGCACCCACAAGGAUUCGGACUCGCCAACCUUUCGCAUGACAGAAGAUAAGAUGUUCAUCGCUAUUUUUAACUAUAUAGAACAUCUAUACGGGAAGAUCAAGCCGAAAAAAUUGUUUUUCAUGGCUAUUGACGGAGUCGCACCGCGCGCGAAAAUGAACCAACAACGAGCGAGACGAUUCCGAACAGCGUUAGAUGCGGAAGUGGCCAAGGAAAAGGCUAUCAAACAGGGGAUUGAAAUGCCAAAGGAGGAGGCCUUUGAUAGCAACUGCAUAACACCGGGAACCGAAUUCAUGGCCAAGCUGACACAGCAGCUGAAGUAUUUCAUCAAUAAGAAGGUCUCGGAGGAUGUGGAAUGGCAGGGCGUGGAAAUCGUUCUGUCCGGGCAUGAGGUCCCUGGCGAAGGAGAGCAUAAGAUCAUGGAAUAUAUUCGGCAGUCGAAAGCACAACCAGGAUACCAUCCAGAUGUACGGCAUUGUCUAUACGGCUUGGAUGCGGAUUUGAUCAUGUUGGGUCUACUAAGUCACGAUCCUCAUUUCUGUUUACUCCGUGAAGAAGUAACGUUUGGGAGACAAAGUCAGAAAAAGUCCAAGGAGCUAGAACACCAGAAUUUCUAUCUUAUGCAUCUUUGUAUGGUAAGGGAAUACUUAGAGCUGGAGUUUCAGGAGUUGGAAGAGGCCGACGCUUUGCAAUUUCCUUUUGAUUUGGAACGAGUUAUCGACGAUUUCAUUCUUAUGGCGUUUUUCGUGGGAAAUGACUUCUUACCAAACCUGCCGAAUUUACACAUCAAUGAGGGGGCGCUGGCUUGGAUGUUCAAGAUUUACAAACAAGUUUUACCGAAACUGGGAGGAUACAUAAAUGAACAGGGAACAAUCAAUUUAGAGCGGCUAGGAGUUCUCUUAGAUUCGUUAUCCGAUGUCGAAUUCCGUUUCUUUGAAGCGGAAUAUUCGGAUGCCCGUUGGAUUAAAUCCAAAAUGAAAGGCCAAGAGCCGGAGAACUCAGAGUCACCAGCAAAUGCGAAGGAUUUUACGAUUUCACCCGCACAGAAGCACAUUUUCAACCGAAUCAAAAAAUAUGUCACACAUCGCCCGGUGAAUGAUGAAGGGCAACCAAUUCCUCUCGACCUCUCCUCUAGUUUACCAGCGAGGGAUCGCAAAUUCGUGGAGCAGUUAGCAGACGAUCUGCACCUUGCGUGGACUACCGUGUCCAACGAGCAUGGUGAUCGAUUUUUGCGGGUACAACUGCCGUCGAAGGAGACUCAAUCUAGCGGGAGCUCUGGCGACGAAGAUGAUGGUGACGAUGAAGAAGGUCAAAUUGCCCUUCUUCGCGUUAUGAAGAGAUACGAAAACGCCAAGGUGAAGGAAACGACGGCAGAGGAAGCUCAGCAAGCAGCUGAAAAAAAAUACGAGCUCAAGUUCCAGGAGUGGAAGAACGACUACUACAAGUCCAAAUUCGGGUGGGGCUUGGAUAAUCAUGAAGAAAUGCGAAAGUUGACCGAAAAUUAUGUGCAAGGCCUUCAGUGGGUUCUCUAUUAUUAUUAUCGCGGAGUUGCCUCCUGGCCUUGGUUCUAUCAAUAUCACUAUUCGCCGAUGAUUUCUGAUGUCAAAUUUGGCUUGAAAGCUGAUAUGAAUUUCGACCUUGGGCAACCUUUCCGCCCUUUCGAACAGUUAAUGGGUGUUCUACCGGACCGAAGCAAGCAAAUUGUCCCUGCGGCCUUCCAUGAAUUGAUGACUUCUCCAGAAUCCCCGAUCAUCGACUUUUAUCCUCGCGACUUCGAACUUGACAUGAAUGGUAAAAAGAUGGAGUGGGAAGCCGUUGUCAAGAUUCCGUUUAUUGAUGAAAAACGCCUGCUUGGCGCGAUGGCCACGAAGCAACACUUGCUGACCCCAGCAGAGAGAGCAAGAAAUGAAUUUGGUGUUACGUUGAAAUUCACUUAUUCCCCAGAUAUCGAAUACACAUAUCCCAGUUCACUUGUUGGCGUGUUUCCCGACAUCGCCAAGUGUCACUGCAUAGAAAAUGUGUUUGACCUCCCAACAAUGGAAGGUCUAGAACCUGUUGUUGGCCUUGUAGAAGGCGUUAAACUGGGUCACGAGGCAUUGGCAGGGUUCCCUAGCUUGAAAACAUUGCCACACAAUGGGCAGCUAGGCUUCCACGGAGUAUCCGUGUUUCAACAGGAGAGUCGUAACGAGAGCAUGGUGGUAACGCUCAGCGCGCCAGAAAACCGGUCCAGUGUUGAACUGGCGAAACAAAAACUUGGUCAGCGAGUGCACGUCGGGUACCCAUUCCUUCAGGAGGCCAAAGUGAGUCGCGUGUCUGACGAACUUUUCGAUUACAUGUAUGUCGAUGGAGAGCAGCAUGUUGUUUCUAUUCCGCAUGCUCCCUCCCAAAUAGAUCAGUGGAGACGCAAAACCCACCAAAUUGAGUCAUACUAUAGCAAAAGACUCGGCAUGGUUGUUGGCGAUAUCGAGUCCAUGGUCCACGUGCAGAUGCUGAAGGGAUUAAUGAAGACGGACGAAGGCGCCACGGUCAAGGAGUUCGCUGAUAUCCCUGGUAUUGAAACGGAUUACGCUCUGCAGCUUGUUGUUGACCAGGUUAUGUGCGAGGAUGAUCGGUUUAUCGAACGAGAAGCUUUACCUGUCGAGGAGGAAUUCCCGGAGGGAACAAGGGCCUUUUUCCUGGGUGAAUACAACUAUGGAGCGCCAGUGCAUAUUACUGGGCAUGAGGACGGAAAAUUGAGUGGGCUUGUUUCCGUCGUCAAAGGCAAGGAACCGGAAUUUGGUCGAGAUCUCACAAGAGCUGCCGAAAGGCUCUCUCCCUACAGCCCAUCGUUCGCGAUUGCCCGCAGUCUGAAUCUGAACCCCCUGACGCUGGCCAAAAUCACGUCUUCGUUCACGGUGGUCUUGGACAGCCAACGUAUCAACCUAGGACUCAAUCUGAAAUUUGAGGCGAGGAAGCAGAAAGUGCUUGGGUAUUCUCGACGCGGGCCCAGUGGAUGGGAAUUCAGUGAGAAAGCCAUCGGUCUUAUCCAGCAAUAUAUGAUCAAAUUCCCUGAAUUCAUCGCAGGCAUUCAACGAAAGCCACAAGGGGAUGGCUUCCAGGCUACAGAUUUCUACCCACCAGAAACAGCGGCUGCCAAAAUCAAGGAGAUUCAGGCAUGGCUCAAGUCUAUCGAGGCGAAGCAUUUCGAACGUGUACCGUUGGAAGCUGAACAGCUCGAUUCAGACCUUGUGAAAUCUAUUGAACAGGCCGCGGACGAACUCGUCCGUACUCGACCCGCACCUGAAGCCAAAAAGAUGAAAGGCGUCCCGCGUAAUGCAUUAUUAAAGCCAGCUGAUGCGGAGCAUCGACUAGGCAACCAGUCAUUUUCUCUUGGUGAUAGGGUGGUUUAUGCACAGGAAUCUGGCAAGGUCCCCAUCGCCACAAGAGGGACUAUCGUUGGGCUCACGCGCACAUCCAGAACACUUCUCCUGGACAUUGUGUUUGACGUCUCCUUUAUGAGCGGCACAACUCUGGGGGACAGAUGCUCCCCAUUCCGCGGUUCGACCGUUCCCGCAUCAUGCGUUCUAAACGUGACCAACAGACAACUUGUCGCAACGACCCGCGCGGCGGCUGAACAAGGCAGAUCACAACAACAGCGACAACAACAGCCACUAACCGUUCAGGGCUACGGAGCUCCACUCGGACCAGGCGGAAAGGGCCAGCUGGAACAUGCUCCCACCCCUCCGCCUCUACGAGGCAGUUUCCGUGGCGCUGUUACAGGUCAGUUAGGUGCGUCCAGGGGCAUUGGAACGUUCCGUGGCCGUGGUGGCCACGGCCAGUCGGAGCAAACAUUGCCGAUUCGCAACCACUAUCCAACCAGUGGCUCACCGCAACCGCCUAAAGACAUUCGCGGCCGGGGUGGUCGGGCUAAUUUUGGCAGUAAUCAGAAUGGAUAUAGCCCCCGUGGGCUACGUGGAGGGCCACGUGGAGGUAUUGGUGCGUCGCCUGCGACUCGCGCUGGCUAUGUUUCGGUUGAGAGGGUGGACCCGCAAGAAGAUGUUGUGCAGCACAACCCGAAUUUCAGACCUCGAUCUUACAAUAACGUUCCUCCGCCAUCGUCUUUGGAACGUGGGGGAAGUGGUCGUGGUAGAGGCGGUCGUGGUUUUGCACGCGGUGGUGGCAGGGGUGUUAGUCGUGGCCAGGGAACCACAUCUGCCUGAAGGACUGAAGUUCUUUUGAUAUGAAAGAAUUUAUAGACCUUGGUGUUGACGACCCUGGUUUCUUUUUUGUUUUUUCUUGUAUCACAUAAUAUUCUACGGAGUAUAGUAUGUGAGUGUGAUUGGCAGAAAAAGGAGGUACACAAUAUUUAAUACUUAAGUAUAUCUGAGUAUGGGCGUUGGGAUGGACAUAAAUAUGUGUAUCCGUGUAUCAUGAUGUGGUGUUCUAGGACAUUUUGGCCGUCUGUCAUGAACUUGUUUUGCACUUAUGAUAUGACGAUGAUGAUGACAAAGGGAUUUUCUUUUCUUCCUUAGCACCAGGUGUCAUACAAAGACCUCCAUUCCUAAGGCGAAGAGCCUGCAGUUACUAAUGUAUGUAAAUAAUGUACUUCAUUUUCAUCAUGGAUAAAAUUUACUCUGUACAUUGGCUCUUUAGGUAUUGAAAACAACCAAAAAUCUAUUCUCAACACACUUGAUCAAUUCAUACUUGUACCUGUAUAAUGCCUGGAAAUUGGAGAAGAAAAAAGAAGAAAAAGGGAAGGCAAUCGAUCGCAUGAAUCUUCGUGCUUUGGUAACUUCAUUGAACAUACGCGAGCCUUGGUUGUGAAAACACUAUCAGAUAAGCGGCACAAAAUGCAUAGUAUUUACUGUAUUAUGUAGAUGCUAAGAGGGGAAUUAGCGGAGACAAAUCAGACGGGAGAUAACAGCACACAGAAUCCACUUUUCCCAGCGGAUCAAUAAAUGAGUAUGAAAAUUUUGCGAUUCCGUCACUCCAAUUGAUCUAUUCAAAUCUCAACUGCCGCACUACAAAGAAGAAGAAUGAAACGCAACCACAUCUGUAGCUAAAAGAAAAAGAAAAAAAAAAAUCGAAAGCAGCUCCAGACCCCAGGCCACACAAAUCAUGAUCGGGACACAGCCCCUUUCGCCUUGCCGAUGUACGUCGUGAAGCGGGGGUGGGCCGGAGGUUGUGUAUCGCACGGCCACGUAUUUUGGAAUGCACAGAGCACAGAGUGUGUCAACCAGGCAAAAAAAGUCAACUUUCCAUUGUCAGCCAGUCCAU